GCUCAUGGGACUAAUCAGAGUGGGGCUGCGGGAAAGACAGAGCCAUCAUAUGCUGUCCUCAAGUUCAUGGAGAGCUUCUGCCUCAUCAGCGCUGCCUGUGGGAUGGUGGGAAACGGCAUGGUCCUAUGGUACCUUGGCUUCCGCAUCCGGAGAAACCACUUCACUGUCUACAUCCUGAACCUGGCCGCUGCCGACUUCGGGUAUCUCCUCUGCAUCGCCAUCGAGACGGUUCAGUACCUGAUGCAGUUCAACGUCGGGGUGCAGUUUGGGAUAUUCCUCUUCCUGGAUCUUUUCAUGUACGGGACCGGCUUGUAUCUCCUGACGGCCAUCAGCAUUGAG